GAUGGUUGAGAUUCCUCCUCGUGACAAACAACCAGGAACCAGAGAGAGAGGACCAACCGGAGAGGAGAGCUGCUGCAGCCCGGAACCACCACCGGAUUAACGGAUUCACGGAUCGAUCAGGGCAGGGAUCGAUCAGGCUGGAGGUCUGGAGGGUCUGGAGGUUUACCGGGUACCAGCUGAGUCAGGCUGGAGGAGGGAUGCUGUUGCCUAGUAACAGAAACAGGACCGAGGAGGAAAAACAGGCCAACCGUCACUCUGACUGAGCAUCUUCAUCUCUAACGGUGUGUCUUACUGGUUUAGGAUGUGCCUGUAAGCCGUCGCUGAGGGUGAAGCAGCCGUCAUGCCGUUUUCCUGUGCAGAGUGGAGGAGGUGGAUCCGCCCGCUGGUUCUGGUUCUGUACGCUCUGCUGCUGGUGGCCGUGCUGCCGCUCUGCAUCUGGGAGCUGCAGAAAGACAAAGUUGGGACUCACAGUAAAGCCUGGUUCAUAGCCGGCAUCUUCGUCUUUCUGACCAUCCCGAUUUCACUGUGGGGGAUCCUGCAGCACAUCGUGCACUACACCCAGCCGGAGCUGCAGAGGCCCAUUAUCAGAAUACUAUGGAUGGUGCCCAUCUACAGUUUGGACAGUUGGCUGGCCCUGCGCUAUCCCAGUCUGGCCAUCUACGUGGACACGUGCAGGGAGUGCUACGAGGCCUACGUCAUCUACAACUUCCUGGUGUUCCUGCUGAGCUUCCUCAGUAACCAGUACCCCAGCCUGGUGCUGAUGCUGGAGGUCCAGCAGCAGCAGCCUCACCUGCCGCCGCUGUGCUGCUGCCCGCCGUGGGCCAUGGGAGAGGUGCUGCUGUUCAGGUGUAAACUGGGAGUCCUCCAGUACACUGUGGUCAGACCCGUCACCACGGUGAUAGCACUGAUCUGUCAGCUCUGUGGGGUUUACGAUGAAGCCAACUUCAGCUUCAGAAACGCCUGGUCCUACCUGGUCAUCAUCAACAACAUAUCACAACUGUUUGCGAUGUACUGUCUGGUGUUGCUGUACCGAGCUCUCAAAGAGGAGCUGACUCCCAUCAGGCCGGUGGGAAAGUUCCUCUGCGUCAAACUGGUGGUGUUCGUCUCCUUCUGGCAGGCCGUCUUCAUAGCGUUCCUGGUGAAGGUUGGCGUGAUCUCUGACAAACACACCUGGGACUGGGACAGUGUGGAGGCCGUGGCUACCGGGCUGCAGGACUUCAUCAUCUGCAUAGAGAUGUUCCUGGCUGCCAUCGCUCACCACUACACCUUCACCUACAAACCAUAUGUACAGGAAGCAGAGGAGGGCUCGUGCUUCGACAGCUUUCUGGCCAUGUGGGAUUUCUCUGACAUCAGAGCUGAUGUCACAGAGCAGGUCCGCCAUGCUGGUCGUACGUUCCUAGGUCGUCCCAACAAGAUGUACUUCGGUUCGGUAGCUCGACCCGAACACACCGAGCACACCGGCCUCCUCACCGCGUCCCCCCCGGACACCGCCGCCGUGGCAGCCACAUCGAUGCCGUCCUCCCCGUCCUCCAGCGGGCGGUACCAAGGCCUCGGCCACACCCUCACCCCGCACUCUAUCUCCGCCCCGGCGGGGUUCACCUCCUCGUCCUGGGACGACGACAGCGACGACUCCCCUCCUCGGGCGGGUGACAUCACUGCGAGCACAUAGCCGGCGGCGGGAACUCCUCUCUUUCUCUCUACAUCCUUCGCCAUCUUGUUUCGAUGCUUUAAAGCCAAAAAAACACUCAGAUAAAAGUCAGAAUAAAAACAUAAACUCGUCUGAACUCUCCACAUGUGUGAAAAAGAAACUGGAUUUCAUGGAAGGAAAGAAGAGAAAGAGUCUCUGUGAAGUCAAAGCCAUGUUUGUUGAGUAUUUUUAAAAUAAUAAUUACCCUGUUUUAAAUGUUUGAACUCUGUAUUUUGAUGUCUAAUGAUGUCAUUUUGAUAAAUGUAUCUCCGGCUGUUGGAAGGAAAACAUACUGGAUGUUUUCAUCAGAAGGGGUAAGCAGUUUGUGUCUUUCCAAGAAGUGUCUUUGAGCUCAGUUUGACUGUUUGUUCUAUGAUAAUAAAUGAAAACGCCAUAUCUAAUCACCACAA